AUGAUCCUACAAGGCCUCAAGCCAAGAAUCUUUAACAAACUAAACAAGUUCGGCCGAAGGUGGCUCACAGAGCUACCCUCGGUAAUCUGGAGCCUGCGAACGACCCCAAACAGAGCCACGGGCUUCACCCCGUUCUUCCUCGUCUACGGCACCGAGGCUGUCCUCCCCAUGGAUUUGGAGUACGGGUCGCCAAGGCUCAAGGACUACCAGGAGCAGCAAAACCAGCAAGUCCGCGAGGACUCGCUCGACCAAGUGGAUGAGGCUCGAGACGUGGCGCUCCUACACUCAGCACAUUAUCAGCAAUCCCUGCGAAGAUAUCAGGCGCAGAGGAACUGA